AUGGAACAGCAUGAUACGCAGCUUCGCCGUCGCGAUACUUUGCUUGCACGCCUGAGCAACCCUUCCAACUCUCUGCCAGCACCGCCGCCUUCGACUUCGACACUUUUGCCACCGGCAACAACACAAACAUCUGCAGACGCCCCAGGCCUCUCUGCCUCUGAGCCCACUCUCCGAUUCCCCAGGCCGCAGGGCAACACGCAGCUUGCGAAUUGGUUAUCGAGCAGCAACCCCAACAUGAUGGACAUGGCUCCGCCCCCCGACGACAACGGCAUGGCCGAUUCAACCUACGAGCUCGUCUCGAGCCCCAGCACCGACACGGAAGAGUCCCAAGACGACCGCUACCCCGCCUCCAUGAGCGAGUCCGUCGGCUCGCUCGACUUUCAUCGCCCGGACGAUGUCCGGAGCCUGGCCGGGACAGACGAUUCAUUCGGGACGGACAAUGAUGACGCCGACACGCACGCUGCAACGUCUGAGCGCGACGACACCGAGGAUGAGGAAGACGAUGAGGACUCGGUUCACGAAGACACCGUGCUGACCGAGUCCCAAAUAACACACGACGAGUCCAGCAAGACUGAGCCCUUUCCCCCGUUCAAGAAUGAUGCAUAUGCUCAAGGAUCGCAAGAAUCGCUCGAUUACACGGAUCAGAGUCUGGGAACUCCGUCUUUCACUCCCGAGGCAAGCCGAGUCAUUGAACGGCCUGCCGACCACGAGAAGAAGUCCCUCAAGAAGAAGAUGUCUGAGCUAUGGCAAUUGGAGUCUCAGGCCAAGGAGUUCCUGGUCGAGAACACGUGGGGGGCCUUUCCCGGCUUCGUGUUUGUCGUCGUCAUCCUUGUGGUGCUACCCAUCUUCUACGGGCCGGCAUCCAAGUCGGCUCUGCCAAACGUUCAGAUGCCACCGUCCAUCACCGCAACCGUCACGACCACAUCCUAUCUCACCACCUCGACGUCGUUGUCACCAAGCUCCAGCAGUAGCAGCCUGAUCCCUUCGGCCACCAAUGGCCUGGCGUUGAUGCCCAUUGGCGAGGAGCAGUUGGACGACUGGAUAUUCGGCGCCAAGAAGCCGGUCGUGUCAUUCACCGCCGAGGAACACAAUGAUAUUCUGAUUCACAUUCCCAACAGCAUCAAGAAGAGGUGGCUGGCCAAGGAGUGCUUGACGGUGACUGCCAAGAGAGGAGAAGUCCCCGUUGACACCACCAUGUCUCUGGAGGACGAUGGUCUCCGUCUAAAGUUCGCCAAGAGAGAAACCCACGGCGUCGUCAGCGUCAUUCUCGAGGCCAAGUGCCGCCCAAAGAUUCACAAAGUUGUUAAGGUCCACUUUGGCAAGGGCUUGAUGGAGGGCGCCCUGGAGCGGACCAAGCAUCUCGCCCAUCUUGCCCAGGAUCUCUCCGGCCUCGUACCCGCGGCUGCUCAGGAAGCAGAACGGCGUAUCGAGAAUGCGAAGCAGUCACUGGGCUCGGCAUGCCAAAAUGUUUGCCAAACAGUCACCGAGACCGUAUCCAAGACGUUUGGCGCCAGCUUUGCCAACUUUGCAGAUGUACGACAGCAGCUGGACGACUUGGUGUCAACAGCCAAGACCCAGUUUGACGAAGCCACCCAAGGCGUCGCGAGCAAGAUUGACAAGAUUACGCAACAAGCUACGGAGAACCUGCCCUCGGUGGAAGAUGUGCAAAACCAGCUCCAGCUCCAGCUUCUCGAUGCCCAAUUGUCAGCCAAGCUUCUGUGGCUGCAAGCCUUUGGCAGCGCGGAGGAGCACGAAGAAUACUUGCGCAAGGCCAAGUCGUACUCGGCCGACAAGCACGCAGCGGCCGCGCAGUCGAAGCUGAGGCAUGCCAAAAAGGAAGUCCAGGAGAAGCUGACAGACUCUGCUUCGCGGCUGUGGUCUAUGCUAAGGGGCAAGUCUGCAUGCCGACAGAGGUCGCACGAGCAGUGCAAAGCCGCUCCAUAA